AUGGAAAUGUCUGACAUGGAGGUUACACCAGAUUCAGAAGACGACGAGGAAGGUAUAAGCCUUAGAAGUAAAAGGGAAGAAAGAAAAAGCUGGGCAGGAAAGGUCGGCGCUAUGCCAGUGAUGAAUAUGUGCCGCGCCAUGAAGGUUUGUCAAUUGACGACGAAGUGGUUUUAUGGCUCUUGGACUAGAUCUGAAUGCUUUAAGAUAAGAGCGUGGUCUACUUACAUUUGGAUUGGCGCGGUGGGAAAGAGAUUCUGGAAAGAAAAUCAAUUUAGAAAAGGAUGGAGCUCGCCUGUCGUAGAAGAUUGUGCACGCAUUAUUUGUUCUGUAUUGUUUACGCCAUUACAAGGGGUGAUGAAAAAGAUAAGGAAUUUCAUUUGGGACCCCGGGGGGUCAUUGAAACCAUGGUUGAGAAUGGUGAAGUUACAAUCUCAAGAAAUCAUAGUGGCUUACAUAACCCCGUCCCCACGCGGCAGAAUGCAAAGGAAGAAAAACAGAAUGAAGGACAUACCAAAGGCUCACGACACACAAGAAAUGGGAAGAUUUGAAAUCAUUGGAGCUCGAUUGAUAAAUAUGAUUGUGAGCUCGAUGGGUAUGCGAGUGCCCCGCGGUGUAGACAGUGCCCCCCCUCGCGUGUGGUGGGACACCGAGUGCGACGUAUCGCUUACUCGUGGGUACAUACCAACACGGCUACGAAACUACCUCGCCAUGCGUUCUGACCCACAAUUGUUGCUAUGUAGAACAAGUUGGGUCCCCCCCCGAUGA